AUGGCGUUGCUUCCGACGUUGGUUGAACCGCCCGGUCUUGCCGCCGACGUCCCUCUCAAGCCUACGAAAAUAACUUCCCUGAGUGGUGCUUUUCAGGAGUAUACCCUGCUAGACGAGACAUAUGUUACCCCUAUUCCGGACAAAAUUCCCUAUGAGGAUGCAGUGGUCACCCCGACUGGUCUAUCGACAGCUACUGUUGGCUUGUUUCAUGAUGAAUACCUCUCUUUGGAACUUUAA